AUGGCCUCUCUUCGCUUGCACGGAUUGGAUCAGCUGCCCGAAAACGGCGGCGUCUCGCGAACACCGGAGACGCACAGCCCGAAGCUGCUCUCUCAGGUGGACACCGCUGUGCUGCCGUUUCUCGGGGGCUUCGGUCGCUUCCAGAAGCGUCUUGUGGCUCUGACUUGGCUUCCUGCGCUGCUUAUUGCUUUUGGUCAGUUCUCGGAUUAUUUUCUCCUCGCGCAGCCCGAGAGCACGUGCGCCUACCCGGGCGAUCACGCAAGAAACGUGAGCCCAAUCCCGAGUCCUUUGCCGCCGGCUCUGUUUGUUAAUGCGACGCGCGCUGAGAGCAGCAGCAGCGCGCGGUGUAAAUGUGUCGAACCGAGGUUUGAGCUCCAGCUGGGACUGCAGCAGAACGUGGUCACUAAGUGGCAGCUGGUGUGUGAUGAGGAGUGGAAGGUCCACAUUGCUAAGUUCUCACUGCUGGUAGGCUCCAUAUUUGGUUACCUGCUGAUGGGGGCUAUGGCAGACUGGAUAGGUCGUAUUCCGGUGCUCCUUGUUUCGGUGUUGUCUGUACUCGUGUUUGGCUUGUGUGUGGCCUUCUCUGUGGACAUGGCCAUGUUUAGUACUCUGCGCUUCUUUCAGGGCUUUUGCCUCGCUGCGAUCAGACUCUCCCUCUAUGUGCUGAGGAUUGAGCUGUGUUUGCCUGGUUGGCGCUUCUCCAUGACAAUGGUUGCCAGUCUGGUGGUGGUGGGCGGGCAGCUGCUGAUGCCGGGUUUGGCGGUGCUUUGCCGUGAUUGGCAGAUUCUACAGGUCCUCAUCAUUGUCCCAUUCGUCCUAAUGCUUCCUUACAUUUGGAUUUUUCCUGAGUCACUGCGUUGGUUGUUGGCCACACAGCACUAUCACAGAGCAAAGAGGCAAAUGUACUCGAUCGCCCGAAGUAACAACGUGGACACUGCUACUGACCCUAAUGGUAUUCUGUCAGAGUUGGAGCGUGAGUUGCAACAGAACCCCAGAACCUCCUGUAUCACUCAGCUGAGAAGCACAAGGAACCUGUGGAAGAGUACUGUAGUGCUUUGUGUCAACUCGCUGACUGGCUAUGGUAUCCACUACUGUUUUGCACGCAGUGUUCUGGAGGGCAGCACCUCUCACCUGCACUAUUUUGCUCUGGCAGGGAUCGCCAUGGCCUCAUGUUUGGUGCUUUGUCCUGUGGUGGCAGCAUUCGGCAGACGAGGCGGCCUCCUCACCUUCAUGAUUAUCACAGCACUGGCCUCGUUACUGCAGCUCGGCCUGCUCAGCUUAAUCGGAAAGUACAGUCUUCGGCACAAUGCAGUUCUCAGGGACACGCUAAAUCAGCGGUUCUCUGUGGCUUUUUCCAUCAUCGGAAUGUUCUCGUCUCAUGCUGUCAGCACUCUAAGUAUCUUCUACUGCACAGAGAUCACUCCUACGGUCAUCAGGGGUGGAGGUGUAGGUUUGGUCCUGGCAAGCGCUGUGUUCGGCAUGCUAACUGCUCCACUUAUGGAGCUUCACAACCAGAAAGGCUUCUUCCUUCACCAUGUCAUCCUCACAUGCUGCACUCUUCUCUGCAUCAUAUGCAUUCCAUUGUUGCCCGAGACCACCGGCCAACCGCUGCCCGAAUCUCUAGCUGAAGGGGAGGCACUUCUGCGCAGGCCUCUCCUCCCUGGAGAGCAGCACCACCUUCUGGCCAGGCAAGAGGUCCGAGAAUACUCUCGCGUUCAGGACACACCUCUUCAUCAGGUCGUCAAUCCCAGCAACACCACAGCACCAAGUAACAGCACAGCGAAUGGAGUGAGGACUUGACUGCGUGCAUGCGUGCGGUGUGAAGCCAAGCCAGCCUAGGCCAUAUGAAGAACUGCGGCAACGAUCUGAUUGGCCCGCAAGCACAGAGACACGUCAUGAGGUUACAAGCGCUAAGAUUUCCUUGAGCAUUUUAACCAGUGAAUGAUGUCAAACUACUGACUACUCAUGUGUCGAACCUCUUAAUCCAGCACUCCGCCAUCCUGGAUGUGGUGGAGUGCUGUGAAAAUGAAUGUUGAUGUAACUUCACUCAAACAAUUAAUGGAAGUCUAUUUUUCAAAUGACCACUAAGUUCAGGCUGAUGUUGGCAAAUUGCCUCACAGUUUUUUAGCAUUUUCUAUAGUUUUGUACUAUGUCCAGAAAAAAAAAAAUCACAUUAAUCUUGUUAUGCAUGCGUGUAGGUCUUAUGCAUGUCUGUAUGGGAAAACAAAGGAAGGCAGAACGAGGAAGCAAGACCUGAUUAUGGAUUAUGAUGUUUGGGGGGAAAAACAAGCUGAAUCCAUAAGCUUAGUUGGCUGAAAACAUCGUGUUAAGAUCGUGUUCAAUUCCAGAGAUGCUUUAAAGUGUCAACUCCGUCCUGAGGUUUAACUAGGCGUUUUUGAGGAAACUGGCGCAGGUCUGCAGACAUGUGUGCGUGUGUGAGAUUGAGUGAGUGAAUAUUCUAUAGUUUUACACUAGAACAGUUGCUGUUUCCAUUUGGAAAUUAAAAAGACAGGGCAGAGCACAGACGACGAAGUAAGGGCUGCUGAUUUGGCUGCUCAGUAUUUCCUGUAAAUGGCAGUUUUGGGCAGUAUGUUAUCUGUGGCUCAAUUUUUUCCCUUCUUCCUGAACUACUGAAUGAGAUUAUAAAAUGUUUUCACUGUUCCUGAGAUUAGUUUGUUGAUUUGCAAAAUAUGCAAAAAUACAAAUAGGUUUUUCUAAAAUGGAUGCACUGAUCUGUACUGGCCUUAAAUUGUGACUGAUAAUCUGAGAAUCAAUCAAAUUUUAAUCAUCUCCUCCAAAAUCUUUUACACAGAUUGGACAUGAAUUUCAACAGUGUGACAUCCUAAUAAUGAGAAGAAAUUUCUGGGGUCAGGAUGUAACCUAAUCCUUAAUUUUAACUCACUGGCCUAAAAAAAAAAAAAAUUCACUGCUAUUUAAAUGAUCAUUUGAUAUGUGUUUCAUGAUUGAAAUGUACUUAUUUUAUACCACUUGUUCAAUAGUGUUUCACAUCAGUAAUAUGCAGUACAAU